CACCCCACCAUAUACAUUCCUUCACUGCGCCUCUUAGGCUUCUUCGUCUCUCUCUCUCUCCCAAUGCACGGCCACCGUCCUCCCUACCGGCCCGGCGGCCGCGGGCAACCACCUCAACGACAUCCACUACAACAAGAACUACCAACAGAACUUCUUACUUUCAAUCCGAAUUUUGUCCCUCUCCAAGACCCAAAUUUUUUUCUCCAUACCUUCACUAAUGCUUUACUCCAACAAAACUUCCCAAUGCAAAACCCUAAUUUCCCAAUCCAAAACCCUAACUUUUUUCUCCCUCCACAACAACAAAUACAAUAUCGUCAACAACAGCAUCAAGAGCCGCCGCCACCAGGAGCACCACCUCCACCAGAACAACAAGAGCAGCAACAAGAGCCAGCAACACUACAACAAAACCUGCCUAAGUUUCCACAAAACCCUAAAAAGAAAGUGAAACAAAACAAUAAAGAGCUACAAUUAGAGAGAAUUGAUAGAGCAGUAGAGAAAGCACGGCAAGAUCUUUCCGACGCAGAAGAGAAUGUUUCUGCAUGGAAAGUUUCACAGUCCGUGUUAGUGAAUUUUCAAGCUGAGUCAUGGGACUCUUUAGGGUUUAAAAUGCAAGAGGUUCCUGCUCUUUUCCGGCUUAUGGUCACUGAGAGCAAGAUAAAUGCUUUUAUACAUUGCUUUGUUGGGGUACGAAGAAUUACAUCAAUUUAUGAUUUGGAAGUGGCAAUAUGCAAGAACGAGGGUAUUGAAAACUUUGAAGAGCUGGGAUUGGGGCCGUUGAUGAGACACCCACUGGUAUUGCAUUAUUUUUCGAUGAAACCUGAUGCUAGUACAGAAGUUUUCAAGAUAACCAGUGAGGAAAUAAUUCUUUUGCUUAGUGAGUUUAUGGACACUUGUCAGAAGAAAGUUAUUAUUGUUGAUGAAUUUCUGCAUUUUCUUGCAAAGAAUUAUCCAGUUAAGGGACCAGAAAUGCUGGGCGUGCGUGUUCAAAGCUUGGGGACACAUAUUUCUUUUAUUCGAGAAGCUAAAGCAUCUGAAAAUUCAACACAAAAGAAAUGCCGAGGGACAUUAGCAAGGAAUGGAUCAUUAAAGAAAUGCCAAGAGGCAAGAGCAAGUGGACCUCGAGUACGAUCUCAGAGGCAUGAAGGGCGUUUUUCUUCAGAGAAGGAGCGACUGGAAGAACGUUUUUCUGCUGUAAGCGAGCGUAUUAAAUCAUUUUCCCAGGAAAACUAUGGUUUCUGUGGCAAACACAUCAGAUUUGUUUCAUCAAGCUCUGAAGAUGAAAAAAGUGAUGAUGGAAAGAAUGAAGAUGAAAUGACCAGCAAUAAUGUAGGCAGCCACUUAAGGUCUUCAGCACAGGCUAUCAGCAAUUCUGAUCGGGUGAGUAGCUGUCCUUACCCUUCUGCAACUGAAGAGAUGUCACGCCUAGGGUUGAAAGGUGAAACGGGUAGCCAAUUUUCCCCUGAUUGUGGCAGCUCAAGGCCUAAAGAGAGUAACAGUUCAUUUUUUAAGAAAAGAAAACUUGAAGAUGCAAGUUGGAAUGUAUCUGUGCCUUCAAAAUUGCUCAGAAGCAAUAAGAAACAUGCUCAUCCUAUUGAUAAUUUUGACAAGACUGAAGAGUUUGUUACUCCAAGUGAAGAUGAUAUCUCACUAUCUAGCAACGACCUGGGGGGCUUUAUCACCACCUGGAAGGAGGCAUGUAAGGAUUACACUGUGGCAGAGAUUCUUGAGAGAAUGCUUCAGUACUACAAACCAACAGAAAGCAAGAAAGCUGUUCGCAAGCGAACUAAUCGAUGCAUGAGAAGAUUCAAAUGCAUAUUUUCAUCGUACCCAUUUAACGGGAUGCUCAAUGUAGCUGUUGCAUCUAUCAAGUGUGGAAUGUGGGAUAGCAUUUAUGAUACUUUCCAAGCAACAAGUCAACCUGAUUCAGCUAACACCCUUUCUGGAAAUUGUUAUGAAUAUGGAUGCAUUGAUGCUGAACCAGGUGAAAAGCAGGCACCAGUGGCCUUUGAGCGCUUACAGCAAACACGCAGUGUCCCAGUUGAAGAAAUAAUUGGGAAAAUUACUAGGCAUUAUGAGCUUGAUAAUGAGUAUCAGAGCAAUGGUAAAUCAGUUCUGGAAAACAGACUCAUUUCAUUGAGGAAGCUGUCCAGUUGUGAGCUGUGGCUAGCAGACCAAUUUGGUGUUAAGGAAUUCAAGUCCCUUGGUCAUGGGGAGUUUUUUGUUUUCCUGGAAAAACAUGCCUCUCUAUUUCCUGCUAAGUUACAGAAUCUCUUGUCUGGUGAUAGAUGUGGAAAGUCUACUUUGGAGGUCUCGAUGCUCCAGGAUCAGUUGAUGGUACUAGUGUCCCAAGCUUCAUAUAGUCUGUGGGAGAAUGAAACUAUUACCAAACAGAUGGUUGCUGCACUGCUUACAAGACAAUUUCCACUACUUAGUCUUAACAUUAUGGAAAAUGGUUCUAUAGAAGAUUUUCAACAAAUUGUGGGAAAGUAUAAGAACAAUGUAAUUUCAAAAUGUGUCCUAUUUUCUGCUACGUUGUCAGGAAUGCAUCAUAUUGGAGACUCAUUGCCUCUUAAGGAAGACAAGUUGGAAACCAAUGAAGUGAGAAACAAGGGUGACAACUUAGUGGCAGCAUUUAAUUCUGUUACAUCUAAAGAUGCAAUUGAAGUUUUGGUUAGAGCACCGAUGCUGUCUGACCUGAACUCAUGGUCGCAUUGGGACCUCAAAUUUGCUUCCUCCCUUGGCCCUCUUGUAGGAUGGUUGUUGAGUGAGGUCAAUGAUAAAGAAUUGAUGUGUCUGGUUACAAAGGAUGGCAAGGUGAUCAGAAUUGAUCAAUCUGCUACUGCAGAUUCAUUCCUGGAAGCUGCACUUCAGAGAUCAUCUUUUCAAACAGCAGUGAAACUGUUAUCCUUGCUCUCAUUAGCUGGGGGGGGAAACCAUGUUCCUUUGUCCCUUCUAAAAUGUUAUGCUUGCCAUGCCUUUGAAGUCAUUUUGAAUAAUCAUUCUGAAAAUAUGGAAGUAGAGGACAGCAGGAAAUGUUUUUUGCAUGGAAAGGCAAUUGGAGUUGCUUCUAAUAACUUGACUGUUGAAUUGCAAAAAAAAUCAUUUAAAAUCAACCAGGCAUUACAUUUUGCGUCAAGGUUUGUCCUUGAUUGUCUUGGUUUUAUGCCUGCAGAAUUUCAUGGUUUUGCAGCUGAUGUUUUGCUCUCAGGGAUGCAAUCUGUAAUAAAAGAAGCUUCUUCAGUGAUUUUGUAUGAAUGCAACCAAAAAGAACGCCUGAUGCUUCAUGAAAUAGGAUUAGCUAUCGGCGUAGUAGAGUGGAUUGAUGAUUACCAUGCAUUUUGUUCUAAUAUUACCACUGACUUGUCCGUAUCUUCUGGGUCAUCAUGCUUGGAAACUGUGAGGUCUGAGAUAAGCACAGAAAAUGUGACUCUGAGAGAAGAUGCACAUUAUGCAACUUGUGCUCAAGUUAGAUGCACAAUUGAUGAUGCUGUAGUUUCCAGUGAUGAAACUAUCAGUGGUAGCUUAGAAAAAUCAUCCGACCUUGACCAACACAAGGAUGCAGCCAUGGUAAUUGAAUCAAUCAGGAAAGAAGAAUUUGGUCUGGAUGAAAAUCUUUUCAAUACAGAGAGCAGCAUGUUGAAGAAGCAGCAUGCACGCCUAGGGAGAGCUCUUCAUUGUCUGUCCCAGGAACUAUAUUCACAAGAUUCACAUUUUCUUCUUGAGCUUGUUCAAAAUGCUGAUGAUAACAUCUAUCCUGAAAACGUGGAACCUACUCUGACAUUCAUCCUUCAAGAAUCAGGUAUUAUUGUUUUGAAUAAUGAGCGAGGCUUUUCUGCUCAAAAUAUCAGAGCUCUUUGCGAUGUUGGAAAUUCAACCAAGAAAGGAUCUGGUGGUGGAUACAUAGGGCAGAAAGGAAUUGGCUUCAAAUCAGUAUUUCGGAUCACAGAUGCUCCAGAGAUUCAUUCCAAUGGAUUUCAUAUCAAGUUUGACAUAGGCGAGGGUCAGAUUGGUUUUGUUUUGCCAACUGUUGUGCCUCCUUGUGAUAUCAACUUUUUCAGUCAGCUGGUGUCUAUGCACCCUGAUCAAAUGAAUAUUAACAGUUGGAAUACUUGUAUUGUGCUUCCUUUCCGGUCAAAAUCAGAAGAUACUGCAACGAAGAUGUUUUCAGAUCUUCAUCCUUCUUUGCUGCUUUUCCUUCAGCGCCUCCAGUGUAUCAUGUUCCGAAACAGGCUCAAUGAUUCACUCGUCAUCAUGCGGAAAGAAAUUUUGGAAGAUGGUAUUGUAAAGGUUUCAUGUGGGAAAGAUAAAAUGUCAUGGCUUGUAGCAUCUCAGAAGUUGGAGGCACAUGCUAGUCGUCCUAAAGUGCAAGGAACUGAAAUUGCCAUAGCAUUUACGCUCGAGGAGUCAGAUAAUGGGGAGUAUAAUCCACGUUUGGACCAACAGCCUGUUUUUGCUUUUCUUCCUCUAAGAACUUAUGGUCUGAAAUUUAUUCUUCAAGGCGAUUUUAUUCUACCUUCAUCAAGAGAGGAAGUGGACAAGAAUAAUCCCUGGAAUGAAUGGUUGUUGACCAAGUUUCCUGGUUUGUUUGUUAGUGCAGAGAGAUCUUUUUGUGCUCUCUCUUGUUUUAGGGAGAAUCCAGGCAAAGCUGUGGCCACUUAUAUGAGCUUUGUUCCACUUGUUGGGGAGGUGCAUGGUUUCUUUUCUGGCCUUCCUAAAGCAAUUAUUUUAGAAUUACGAAGAACAAGCUGCCUGCUUAUUGAAGGAGACAGGAGUAAAAUGGUUCCUCCUUGCAGUGUUCUGAGAGGUUGGGAUAUGCAGUCUCGGAAUGUUCUACCUGAUAGAUUGCUUCAAGAGUACCUUGGACUUGGAUUCUUGGACAAGAAUAUAGUUUUGUCUGAUUCGCUUGCAAGGGCACUGGGUAUCAUGGAGUAUGGGCCUGAAACAUUAAUUAAAUUUAUGACCCAUUUAUGUCGCACAGAGAAUGGCUUAAAGUUGAUGGGCUUGGGUUGGCUAUCGUCUUGGCUAAACACCCUCUAUGCAAUGCUAUCUCGAUCUUCUGGGCAAACUGAUCUUAUAGAUAACCUUCAAAGUAUUCCAUUUAUUCCCCUUUCAGAUGGAACGUAUAGCUCAGUGGAUGUCAGUACAAUUUGGUUACACUCUGAUACCUUAAGCACUGGGUUUGAUCGAGUGCACAGACUUGAGGCUUUUCCAAAAUUGAAUGCCAAACUUCAGAUUGUAAAUCCAGCCCUUCUUUCUGCAUCAGCUGUCGAUGAGACUUCAGUCGACAAUGUUGCUAGGAUGCUUCGUAGAAUUGGUGUGCAAGAACUGUCUGCACAUGAAAUUAUUAAGGUUCAUAUUUUGCAAGCUAUCUCUGAUGACCGAAUCACUGAUAGGGACAAGGAUCUGAUGAUAGAUUAUCUCUGCUUUAUAAUGAUCCACCUACAAUCUGGCUGCCCUAACUGUUGUGCUGAGAGGAAGCACAUUAUCUAUGAGUUACAAAAUAAAGCUUAUAUAUUGACAAAUCAUGGAUAUAGAAGGCCUGUUGAGACAUCAAUUCAUUUCAGCAGAGAAUUUGGGAAUCCUAUUGAUGUGAAUGAAUUAAUUAAUAUAGCGGAAAUGAGAUGGCAUGAGGUUGAUAUCAGCUAUCUGAAGCAUCCAGCUAAUAAAUCCCUCUCAAAUGGAUUGACCAAGUGGAGGGAAUUUUUGCAGGAAAUUGGCGUUGCAGACUUUGUGCGAGUUAUUCAGAUUGAAAAGAGUGUUGCUGAUUUAUGUCAUAGUGUACCCAAUAAUAUGGCAUGGGAUACAGACCUGAUUUCCCCUGGAUCAACAGCAAAAGAUUGGGAAUCCAGUGAGCUGGCACAUCUAUUGUUUACUGUGUCCACAAGUGGUGAUGGAGAACGCUGUAAAUAUCUCUUGGAGGUCCUUGACACGCUAUGGGAUGAUAACUUUAGUGACAAAGCUACCAUUUACUAUGAUUUAAAGUCCAGCGAUAAUGGGAGAUCCUUCAAGUCUUCCUUUAUAAGCAAAAUCUGUGACUUUCAGUGGGUAGUUUCUAGCAUGGACAAUGAACUUCACUACCCUAAAGAUUUAUUCUAUGAUUGUGAUGCAGUACGCUCUAUCCUUGGUGCUUCUGCGCCAUAUGCUCUUCCAAAGGUGAGAAGCAGAAAAUUAUUGAGUGAGCUUGGCCUGAAGACUGAAGUCACUAUUGAUGAUGUUCUGGAAAUUAUAAAAGCAUGGAGAAAAUCUGAAACCACUUUCAAGGCCAGCAUAGCACAAAUGUCAAAAUUAUACACAUUUAUCUGGGAUGAAAUAUCUUCUUCAAGGAACAAAGUUUCAGAGGCAUUCCGUUCAGGACCAUUUAUUUUCAUUCCUAGUAAAUCUGGCUCUAGUCACAAGGAUUUGUUACCUGGUGUAUUUUUGUCUGCUGAAGAUGUAUAUUGGCAUGAUCCAACUGGCUCUAUGGACCGAUUGAAAAAGAUCCAUUCUCAGGGCGGGUCUACAAGUGUUAUUCAGUGCCUAUUAAGCAAGAUAUUGUGCAAUGUUUAUCCAGGCCUUCAUGACUUUUUUGUUAAUGAGUGCGGAGUAUCUGAAAUCCCUACUUGCCAUAGCUAUCUUGAUAUUUUACUGCAGUUAUCAACUGCUGUUUUGCCUUCACAAGCUGCUAGUGCAGUUUUCAAAGUCUUGUUGAUGUGGACUGAGGGACUGGAAUCUGGAUCUCUAAGUACAGAAGAUAUCAUUCACUUGAAAGAAUGUCUGACAAAAUUGGAUUGUACUGUACUGCCUACAGCACAAGAUAAAUGGGUUUCUUUGGACCCAUCUUUUGGUCUGGUAUGCUGGUCUGAUGAUAAAAACUUGAGGAAGAUAUUUAAGAAUUUCAGUAAUAUAGAAUUCUUGUACUUUGGCAAUCUGAGUGGCAGUGAGCAAGAGAUGCUUCAAACUAAAGUGUCUCCCCUCCUGCAAAAAUUGGGGAUACCUGCUCUCUCAGAGGUUGUAACUCGUAAGGCAAUAUAUGAUGGUCCAGCAGACUCUAGCUUCAAAGCUUCAUUGAUUAACUGGGCUCUUCCUUAUGCUCAGCGCUACAUAUAUAGCACACACCCUGAUAAAUACUCUAAACUCAAGCAGUCUGGAUUCAAUAAUCUAAAGCAACUGCAGGUUAUUGCUGUUGAUAAGUUAUCCUACCACUAUGCCAUAAAAAAAUGUCGCCUUGCUUCUAAGAGGCAAGAACAAUGUAGCUGUCUCCUGGAGGGUAAUACUUUGUACACAAGGUUGGAAUCUGAUACACAUGCUUUGUUUUUGGAGCUAUCUCGUUUAUUCUUUGAUGGUACUCCAGAAUUGCACUUGGCAAAUUUCCUUCAUAUGAUUACAACCAUGGCUGAAUCUGGCUCCACAGAGGAGCAAACAGAAUUCUUCAUUGUGAACAGCCAGAAGGUGUCAAAGCUUCCUGACGAAGAAUCUUUGUGGUUACUCUCCUCAACUCAGUCUUUGACAACGAAUGAGGAAUCGCUUCAAAUAGAUGUUUCUCCAACAUCAAUAAACGAACAGAAACCCUCAAACUUGAAGUUGAAAGCCAGUGUCAGUUCAUAUUGGCCACCUGCAGACUGGAAAACUGCACCAGAUUUUCAUAGCAGCCGAUGUAGCAUAAAUGAUGAGGAGAUUGUCACAGAAGCAGUUAGUGUAGUUCCAGCUAAGAACAAUGCGGAUUUCACCGUUGAAAACAAAGCAGAUGAGUUGCCAGAGUCUGAUAAUAUGGACACCCAGACUCCUAAGUUCAAUGGUCCUGAAUUGGGUCCAUCUAAAAUAUUCAGGACAGAUCAGCUUCGUCCUGGGACAGCUAAUGCAAUACAAGCAAUGGCUACUGGGAGAGAAGGUGAGCAAGUUGCUUUCAACCAUUUGACUCAAAAAUUCGGUCAAGUCGUGAAGUGGGUUAAUCAGGAUAAUGAGACUGGGUUACCCUAUGACAUGGUUAUAGAAGUGGGAAGUAGUAAAGAGUACAUUGAAGUUAAAGCUACAAGAUCCGCUAUGAAGAACUGGUUUGAAAUAUCAUCUAGAGAGUGGCACUUUGCAGUUGAAAAGGGUGAAUGUUUUAGCAUUCUUCAUGUUCUUUUAGGUAAUAAUAAAGCUAGGGUCACAACUUUCAGAAAUCCCGCAAGACAAUGCCAAUCAGGGAAGCUCCGAUUGGUUGUUCUGAUGCCCACUGUCUGUGAGACGUGGGAGGAUGUUUCUCUGCUGACUUGAUUCGUGAUCAUUGAACACCAAAUUGACAUGAUUUCUGAUCCAUUGUCUAGGAUACAAAGUUCGAGAUAGCGGAUGAUUGAGGCUUGUCUGCAAAGUUUUCUUGAGAUAGCUGGGACUUGGGAUACAAAAUACUACCUCCAAUAGAAUCAAUGCAUUGUUUCUGCAAUUUUGUCAUUGCCAAAGAAAAUAAUUGAGCAGUAGAAUCUAUUGCCAGAGGAACAAUAAUUUGGAGAAGGGUUAUAGGUUCUCCAAGCUGAAACCUAAAGCUGGAAAUUGUUGUGUUCACCACAGUAGAGAUGACUUGUGCACAUAGUUUUCUUUUUCACAUCUGACAGCAGUGUUAUUAACCUCCCCUGUACUCAUUACAAGUUUCAUCUGUCGAGCAACAAGCCUGUACAGAUUUUGUACCGUGACAGUGAUUCAACAGUAGAAAUAUUCGAAGUCCUUGAUAGUGAAUGGUAUUAUUAAGUAUGAA